AUGUGUUUCCUGUGCAUGACAGGUGUGAGCACCUGUGCAAACCUGAUGGAGGGGACCAGUGAUAGUGAUCUGGAGCAACCGAUGCAUGUCAGCAUUCCGUAUUGUGCAUGCACCCAAGAUCUGCCACUUACGACCAUGGACCAAAGCAACAUCAUCACAAAGAGCUAUGAAACCAUCUACAACACCAUACUCUGUGACAGUAACUGUAAUGUCAAAGAGCUCACUUUCAACACAUAUUUGGGGGUGGAAUCAUGGAAGGAAUGCUACUCAUGUGCACAUUUGAGCAUGCAAACAAACCUGACCAUGCCAAGUCCCUCAGCCGGUGGUGUAUGUGCAGUGAUAGGCUGCACGGAACCAACUGAUUGUCCAGAAAGUGUGCGAGAGACUGAGAGAAGUGAAGUCCUUUACUUUCACCAAGUAGACCGAAGACCUGUCUAUAACACAGACUUGCCUUAUUACAACUCAAAAGUCAAUCAAUUUGCAUUUUAUGACAAUUCUGGUGCAAAUACAGAUACUUUUUCUUCCAAUGAUCAAGAUGAUAUUGCCACCAACAGACAAGCUGGAUACAAAAGUUUGACAUUUGGUGUUGGUGGAUGCAAAGGCAGUGGGUGCCAAUGCAUGCAGCCCACCAAACUCUGUAGAACAAUAUCACCAAUCGUGAGUGAUGUCAAGUACUCUGUAAGUGAUGGAGGCUUUGGACAAAAUAACAUCUAUUCUGUCCUCCAUGUGUCAAAAGCUGAGUUGUAUAGUCAAAAUUUUAUAGAAGCCCACAAUCGUGCUUCAAAAGGAGAAUUUGUAUGUUUCCAAAAAGAUGGUUGUGAUACUUGCACUAUCGAUGACAUUAGGUUCAGGUCUAUCAACAGUGAAAACACCUUUGAAGGAAAGACUUUAGACUGUUCUUGUUCAAAUCAUGGUGAAUGUCUUUGCACAGGACUGAGACCACAUUUAAUUUCACACUCAAACAAAAAUGUCAUUCCUGUCUAUGUACCAAUGAAAGGAUACACUGCUCGAGAAGAAUUAGAUGCUUGCACAAAUAUUGCACCACACAUGGUACGUUCACUGCCUCAUGAAUGGCUUUUGAAUCCCAACUACAUUGAAGAAUCUGCUUACCCAAAUUCCAACAGACUUCACAAACUAGUUGCCAUCUUUGAUGCAGAACGGCCAUCACUAAUCGAUAGGUUGAGGCCUGAUGUCUCCACAUUGAAGCAAGAAAUGUCCACAGGCAUGGCUCACCCAGCAGAGUAUCCAGGACAGACACCUGUGGAAUGUAUAAAUGUCUUCGACGAGUUGAGCGGGAAGCUGGGUCUCACAGUUGAGGAGAUCAAAGACUUGGUGAGUGACGAGGACAACCUCAAAGACCUCUGCAACCUGGUGGACACGAAUGGGAUGUUCAGCAACGAAGAUGCUCAUAGCCAAGGGGCAGCAGUGAACAAUGUUCCAAUGCCACAAGUAAUGCACUCUAAUCAUUCUCAGGGUGAUGGUGGUCUACACUGCAUUAAUGGAGGCAGAAACAGUUGUCCAGAUUCACAAUCCAUGCAUGGAAUAGAUAAAGACCAGGACAGGCCUGACCAUGAAGCUGCUUAUUUUGAUGGGCCUCCUGUCAACAGUGCAAGUCCACUCUUGGCUCUGGCACAAGGAACCCAGCUUGAAAGUCAUAUUGGUGUAGGAGAGAAGGAGAAGAAAAACGUCAUGGAGGGCAGGAAAAAGAGGCCUGCUUCAGUUAGACAGCAAGAAGAUAAACAGAGCAAGGAUAGACAGUACGUCCUCAUUAAUCGAAAGGAAAAAAAGAGGAAGCAGGAUAUUCAGAAAGGCUUCAAAAAUCCGUGGCGACAGCUGCCUGCAAAUGUCAAGGAUUACCGGAGCUCCAAACACACCCAGAAUACAAUUAUGAGAAGCACCUGUGAUCACAUCAUUGAUCUGAAGAGGGACAUGCAGAAGAACGGUCAUGUUGAACCAGAUCACCAGCAAGGCUCAAAUACUGAAACAGUCGAGGCAGAGGGAGCCCACUAUGAGCUGCCACUUGGCACGACAGAGGAAGGCAACAACCAAGACCUCAGCAGCGACGACAAAUUGUCUAAGAAUAAAUUCCUUAAAUUCAAAAUGAAAUACCAGCACCACCUGAAGAAUAUAUUUCCACGCAUGGGCAUCAAGGAAACCAAGAGACUGGUGAAUGUCAAGUGGCAUUCAAUGCGCCUGGCCGAGAAGCAGCUCUAUAUCAACCGUUGUCAUCACCGUGAGCUGACAGAGCAGGGCAAUGAUGACUCAUCUUUGAAGUACAGCACUCGGCCUUCAUUUCCAAAAAAGACCGACGGCAUGGCUGAAACACGCUCAAACCGUCUGAGGGACUGGCAGUACUUGCGCAAGCUCAAACAGCAGACGGAGAAGCGGCAGAUGCUGCAAUGGAUCAUGGGGGCCGUGAAGACGUGGCGUAACAGAAAGAGGUGCAGGAGAAGAAACUGCAGGUCAGGCCUUAAACAAAAAGGCAGCAUCUGCGAAGAUAACUGGGUGCAAUGUGACACAUGUGACAAGUGGAGGAAGCUUCCGCUCGGCACAAAUUUGGAUACCCUCCCAGAGAAGUGGUUUUGCGUGAUGAACCCUGACCCGCUGUACAGGGGAUGCGAUGUGCCAGAGCAGCCAUGGGAAGAUGAUGGUGUGGUGCCCGAAAACAGACGGGAUGAAAAAUCUCCGAGUUCCUCUGUGCAGUGCAAGUUGGAAAGCGGCAGCACCAGUGGCGUGGGGGCCCAAGAGUAGGCAGUGGUUGGGGGGAACAGCGCAGCGGCAAGGGGAUUUGUGUCAGGCCCAAGCCAUCUUUUGUUUUAAUUACGUAAAGAGCUUUGUGGAAUCUGGACCAAUUUUGCUUUCGAAAAUAGUAAUUUACGAGUAAUUCUAACAUCAGGUCAAUAUUUAGCGAUUUGAAAAGCUCAGCAUAUGUGAUUUUGGUUGUUUUCGAUAACGUUUGUUUAUUGUUAAUGUUAAUGCAUAUUUAAUCAAUGUCCCAGUCUUAAAAGUGUAUUGUAUAAUUAGGCAGUUUGAACUGCGUGUUUGAAAUGUUAGCAACGCAUUUCUAAUACACUUGCGUUUGUUUCAAUUAAAGAAGCUUAAGUGAUCUUAAAUAGCACAAAAUAGAAGCAUUUGAAAGUCACAUCUGAGAUGUUAAUGAGCACUCGGGGCUCAAUUCUUGCUAAGCGUUUGUGUUGCUGCUGUCGUGGUGGACACGUGGCAGGCUGAAAGGAUGAGACUUUUGUACGGUAACAACAUCUUCACAGUACAAAGUAGUACAGAGAGAUUUAUUGGUCUAGUACAGGGGUCGGCAACCUACGGCUCCGCAGCCGCAUUCGGCUCUUUACGGGCUGCUUCUUGACGAUA